AUGGUAAAUUUAAAUAAAAUUAAUAGUAAUAGUAUUAGUAAUAGUAUUGGUAAUAUUAGUAGUGGUAAUAUAAAUAAUAGUAUUGGUAAUAGUAGUAGUAGUGGAUGUGACGAUGUUUUUAAUAAUAGUACAAAUAAUAAUAAUAAUAAUAAUAAUAAUAAUAACAAAUAA